AUGGCACCUCUGCCGCGUUAUGAGGGUACCUUCAGCUUCGUCUCUUCGAGGCUGUAUGCGAGCAUCAAGCGCGUCAUCCCCAACUACGACAAGGACGACCCAAAGACCUGGCCAUAUGUCACUCUGUCAACAAUCGAAAAACUCCGCCCUUACCAUGGAUAUCCGGAUCUGCCUACAGGCGUAGCCUACCAACGAGAAGCGAUGAAGCGAUACGAAUCCAUGUACACACCGCAAGAGCGAGCCAUCGCCGCCUCCGUAAACGGUCCCUUGCAUCAGCGGUACCCAUACAACUACGACCGAUUCGACGAGCCGAAAGAGAAGGUCGGUAUGUCGGGGGCGGAGUAUCGGAGCUACAUGGCGAAUACUACACCUAUGCCAUCUACACCACGCGAGCGCAAGCGCGAAGAAUGGGAGCAAGACAUCCCCGACAGCGCAAUCGAUUGCAACACACCUCCAGGUGGACGUAUGGAGAGCGCAUCCCCCACCCCAGCCACCCGCACCCAACCCCCCUCCCGCUGCACCAACAAAACCUGCACCGACACCCGCCGCGAAGCCGCCAGACUCCGCGGCUCCCUCUUCGACAAAGACUCCCAACUCCUAAGCUGCCAAUCCGACCUCAAAGAAUACGAGACAACCGAGAAGUUGCGGCGACGAGCUUUGGAGGACGCGGAAUACGAGGUCGAGAAGGAGAAGCGGCGGGCUGAUGCUGCGGAGGGGGAAUGCAUGCUGCGUAUGGAGGGGAAUAUCAGGUUACAGCAGCGCGUGAGGGAGUUGGAGGGAAGGGUGAAGCAGGCGCAGGAUUUGGAUGGGUAUUGUGUUGAGUUGGAGGGGGAGAUUGAGAGGUUGAAUAGGGUGCGGGAGGGGGAGGGGGAGGAGUCUGAUGAUGGUGAUGAUGAUAGACUGCGCAAGAGGAUGCGGUCUGAGAGUUUGUAG